AUGUGCACCCUGGAGCGGCGCGGCCGGGUCUUCGUCCUCACCCUCACGGGCGAGGACCAGCACCGGCUGGGCCACCCGCUCAUCGCCGCCAUCCGCUCCGCGCUGGCCGAGGUCCUGGCCGCGGCCCAGGCCCAGCCGCAGGGCCCGGGGGCGGCCCUGGUGACGGUCGCCGAGGGCCGCUUCUUCUCCAACGGCCUCGACAUCGGGUGGGCGGGCACCUCGCGCGCGCGGCUCGGGGAGCUCGUCGACGCGCUCCGCCCCGUCGCCGCCGACCUGCUGGCCCUCCCCAUGCCCACCGUCGCCGCCGUCACGGGCCACGCCUCGGCGGGCGGCUUCCUCCUCGCGCUCUGCCACGACUACCGCCUCAUGCGCGCCGACCGCGGCGUGCUCUACAUGAGCGAGGUCGACAUCGGCCUCCCCCUCCCGCCCUACUUCGUGCACGUGCUCCGCGCCAAGAUCUCCCAGGCGCAGGCCCUGCGGGACGUGGUGCUGCGCGGGAAGAAGCUCAAGGCGCCCGAGGCCAGGGAGAUGGGCGUCGUCGACGUCGUCUGCCCCGGCGCCCCCGAGACCGCCGCCGAGGCCCUCAAGCUCGCCGAGCAGCUCGCCGCCAGGAAGUGGGACGGCGCCGUGUACGCGUCGAUUAGGGUGUCCAUGUUCCCCGAUGCGUGCAGGGCCGUCGGGAUCGCCGUGGAGAGCGACGAGGAGAAGAGCAGGCACUUCGCCUCCAGGCUCUGA